ACAGGGCGGCCGGGUGCAGGCAGAGAAGAUAAAACUCAUCAGUGCUCUGAAACAAACAGCUGUCGACCAAAGGAAUCAUUUGAGAUAUAUAUAUAUAUUUAUUUAUAUAUAAGUAAACUUUGUCUUCUAAAGGAAAUGGUGAAAGAAAAGAAAAAAGCCGACAAAAAAGGAGAUAAGUCUGCCCGCUCUCCCUCCUCUCUCUCUGAUUAUCCAGAGUUUUCUAAAGAUGGCAACACCCCCAGGCCAGAGAGUUCCCCAAGUGGUAUCCCACAGUUGGAAACACAUCUCAACAAAAUAGGACCCAAAAGAGAUUCAAAAAAAGAGAACCGGCGAAAUGAAGAUGCUACUCACUAUGAAGAGCCCGUUCUGACCAAACUCAUCGUGGAAAGCUAUGAAGGGGAAAAAGUCCGUGGUUUGUAUGAGGGAGAAGGCUUCGCGGUCUUUCAAGGAGGUUGUACCUACCACGGUAUGUUCUCAGAAGGGCUUAUGCAUGGACAAGGGACUUACAUCUGGGCUGAUGGAUUGAAAUACGAGGGGGACUUCGUGAAGAACAUCCCCAUGAACCACGGCUUGUACACGUGGCCGGAUGGCAGCACCUAUGAAGGGGAAGUCAUCAACGGCAUGAGGAACGGGUUUGGUAUGUUCAAAUGCAGCACCCAGCCUGUGUCCUACAUCGGCCACUGGUGCCACGGCAGGAGACACGGGAAGGGCUCCAUUUACUACAAUCAAGAGGGCACUUCAUGGUACGAGGGAGACUGGGUAUACAACCUCAAAAAGGGCUGGGGAAUCAGAUGUUACAAAUCUGGGAAUAUAUAUGAAGGACAGUGGGAAAACAAUAUGCGCCAUGGGGAAGGAAGGAUGCGGUGGCUGACGACAAAUGAAGAAUACACUGGCCAUUGGGAGAAGGGAAUCCAGAAUGGCUUUGGAACGCACACAUGGUUUCUAAAGAGAAUCCCUAAAUCCCAAUAUCCUUUGAGAAAUGAAUACGUAGGUGAAUUUGUAAAUGGAAAUCGUCAUGGACGUGGAAAGUUUUACUAUGCCAGUGGAGCCAUGUAUGAGGGAGAAUGGGUUUCCAACAAAAAACAUGGCAUGGGCCGAUUAACUUUCAAGAAUGGGCGUGUGUAUGAAGGCCCAUUUUGCAAUGACCACAUAGCAGAGUUUCCAGGUGUUGAAACUGAUUUAACAAGUCCGCUGGACCUCCCUUCACCAGCCAUCCUCAGGAGCAGCAACCAGAGAUCUGCCACUAGCGCUGAAAUUAUCAGAAAGCUUGAUGGCAGUGAAAGUAAUUCCAUGUUAGGAUCAAGCAUCGAACUGGAUCUAAACUUGUUGCUGUACAUGUACCCUGAGAAAGACCGACCAGAAGAAAAGAAACAGGUAGAAUAUGCUAUCUUAAGAAAUAUUACAGAAUUAAGAAGAAUCUACAGCUUUUACAGCAGCCUAGGAUGUGAUCACUCUCUAGAUAAUACCUUUCUGAUGACAAAGCUUCACUUCUGGAGAUUUCUAAAAGAUUGCAAAUUUCAUCACCAUAAAAUAACCCUUGCUGAUAUGGAUAGGAUAUUACAUGCCAAUAAUGACAUACCAGUUGAAGAAAUUCAUUCUCCAUUUACAACAAUACUUUUGAGAACAUUUUUGAAUUAUCUCCUGCAGUUGGCUUACCAUAUUCAUCACAAAGAAUACCAAAAUAGAAGCCCAUUGCUCUUUCUGUGUUUUACAAAACUGAUGACUGAGAACAUUCAUCCAAAUGCCUGCCGCGUAAAAGGCAACUUAUUCAGUGAGCAGCAGCGGACAAUCUAUUCCAUGAAUUACAUUGAUAAGUGCUGGGAGAUUUACGUAGAUUACUGCAGACCAAACGCAGGUCCUCCGUAUGAGCUGACGAUGAAGAUCAGGCACUUCCUCUGGAUGUUGAAAGACUUUAAAAUGAUAAAUAAAGAACUAUCAGCAACAAAAUUUGUGAAGGUCAUAGCAGAAGAUAAUCCUUUCAUACAUGAUGGAAUUGACAGCAACUUUGAACUUGAGUUGGUGUUCCUUGAAUUCUUUGAAGCUCUCUUAAGCUUUGCACUCAUCUCUGUUACUGACCAAAUGACUAAAUCAUAUUUAAAUGUUCCAAAUGACGAUGUGUCUGGAACCAAAUUUGGAAGUGCUCACACAGCCCUAAAUCAGAGCACUCAGAACAGAAGUCCAAGUGCAGUGAUGAGCCACGAUUCUGACAUUCACGUGACCAGCCCCAAGUCCUCUUCCAGCAAGUUAGGGCUGUUGUUUGAUACGAGCAGGAUAAAGAAAGCAGAGAUGAAGAGGUCGCUAAGUGAAGAAAGAAUUUCCAGAAUGAAUUUUAAAUCUUCAGGAAAAGGAUUUUCCUUUUUUUUAUUUCAAAAUGAGAAAUCAGAAAAACCCAAGGACGAACAAAAGGAAAAACUUAAUGUGUGGGUCAGUCAAAUGUACAUCUUUUUUGUGAACACACUCUUCCAAGCAUACAAACAUGAAGAAACUCUAAAGGAGAAAAUAAAGGAGAAUAGAUUACAUUAUGCAACAAUGGCUCAACAGAGGAAAAUUGAAAACGAUGAACUGGAAGCAAGGCUGACUAUCCUGAGAGAGGAAGAGGCCAGAAGACAAGACUACGAGGCAGAGGCUACCAUGAUAAAGGAGCCGGCAGAGGCCCCCUCGUCGCACUUCACACCCAGCCCUAAGGAGGAUACCGCGGCUUUCCAAUCCAGCAAGCCCAUGACUAGUAAGAAGAAGAAAAAGUAAAGGCUACUCGGUAAUGUAAAAUCAGCCACAAGAACAUGCAAAUGUAAAAGCAGCUUGGAACUGUGAGCGCUGUACCAAGUUUAAUCACCAAUAAAAUAGUUUGCAUUUUACUUCUUACCCUGGUCUUUUGGAGGUACUAGGACCUUAGCCCACUCCGUUUCUGUUCUCUUAUAC